GUACCACGUCAGCAGGCCCCCGGGCUGGUCUAUGCUUUUGCGCUCACAAACACCCGUCAUGGACCAGAAGUCCGGGGAAACGGACGAGGCCUAUCAGGCCCGGAUGCUGCUUCUGAUUACAGAAGCUAAGCAAUGGUCGGAUGCGGUAGCAGCCGCAACAAAGAAGAAGGCAGAGGACGCCAAGAAGGCACAUCUGUUGGCAAUCGAACAGCAGCGCCAGCAAGUCGAGGCAGCAGCAAAGGCUGCCGAUGAAGAACGAGUUCAACGUCGUGAAAAGAUAUUCAGCAGAGAGCGAGCCUUGCUCACAAUGGCAGCAGACUGUCGGGCCGAGGCCGAGAAUGGCAAUCUGGAAGAGAGUGGAAACAAGAUCGCUCUCCUCCUUGGCCAUCUCAGAGACCUCCUGGCCACGUGCAUUACACAGGAGGAGGACAUCCACAGCCUCGACGACGCGCUGUCUCAGGUCCACAGCCGUCUCCAUCGGCUGGAGCAGCGACCCGUCGCUGCCCCCAUUGCCAGCUGUUCCAACACCUCCGAUCGCCUUGAGGCAUUGGAGAUUGACGUCGGAUCCCUCAAGGACAGCGUGCAGUUACAGCAAACUGCAACGCAACAACUGGAGCAACGGAUCUGUACUGCCGCCAACCACUCGAGCUCGGAACCGCGCGAGACAACUCCAAAGUUCGAUGGGCAGGAGAUCUUCUGCAACUCGAUGAAGACAGACCCAAUUCCAUGGUUCCGCAAGUUCGAGAUCACGCUGCAGCUACACUACGUCAAAGAACACAAGCACCACGGGUACUUGUACUCCCGGUCGGGGGGCGCGUGCCAAGCAUGGUUGGACAAUCUCUUGUCCAAGCAUGGAGUGGUAGCUGCCGACUUGCAUACCAAGAUCAGCUGGGAUGAUCUGAAGGCGGCGUGGCAUAAGCGGUUCCAAGUAGAGCCGCCGGAGAUCAAGGCAAUGGACAAGCUGAUGGUCUUCGAACAAGGCACGCUGCCGAGUGUUGAUUGGAUUGCCGAGUACCAACGCUUGACAUCCGUUCCAGACAUUCAAAAGGGCUUCAAAGCCAUCAAGCACUACUUCAUCUCGAGGUCGUGUCCGGCUGGCCUGCCAGUUGAAAAGCAACGACAAAUCGGGAAACUGAGCACCGCUGGGAGUGACUCGACGACACUCUCGACGCCUUCGGAACUGGUCGCUUCGUGGGUGGCCGCCCUUCGUUCCAAGGCACAUGCGGAAGUCGAUAGUCCUCCUCUUCUUUAUUCUUUUGAGGACUAUGCUGCCCGGCUCGUUCCUACGCUAGGUACUCAUGCUCAAGGACAAGACGUGUGUGCGGCAUCUUCUCCGUCCGGCAGCGACGACUUAUCGUCUUCAAGUGGUUCUUUACGGGAUUCGGCACGCGAGUUCAACAUACAGGUAUUGGACCCACUCACGUCCGAGGAUUUCGCAUGGUUUCCGCUCCCGACCACGGGCUGCUUGCCGGGGCCGCAAUGCGCAGCAUUAUGCGCUCAUCUUCACACGUACUUAUCCUUCUAUGCACCACCAACUUCGCCGAUGGAUGACGAAGUCGCGGUGGGGGACAUCCUUGCGUAUGUUACCAAGGUGGCCCGUGAGUUUCGCAAUCAGCGGUACGACGACAACAACGCACCGCUCCUCUAUGUCCGCAUCCAAGUUGGGCAAGCGUCCUGCAACACUUUGUUGGAUAGCGGCGCGUCUCGCAAUUUCAUAAGCCAAGCCUUUACGCAAAAGGCUGGCCUUGGUGCACAAGUUCGAAGGAAGGCAAACCCGACGACGAUCAAGUUGGCGGACGGAAGGACGCAGCAACUUAUCGACCGCUACAUCGAGGCCGUACCGGUGUAUUUCGCACCUCAUGCAUGCGAACCGAUAACGUUCGACAUUUUGGACACGGACUUCCACAUCAUUUUGGGAAUGUCUUGGCUUGCAAGUGCGGAUCACACGGUCAACUUCCACCGGUGGACUCUUACCGUUCGUGACGCCUUCGGCGCCGAAGUACCGUGUACUAUUCCUCUUCCGCACCCUUCGAUUCGGUGCCAAGUGGUGACGGCCAAGUCAUUCCGGGCUACUUGUGCUUACGAGCAGCCCGACAAAAUCGGCCUAUGUUUCCUAUGGACCGUCGCGGUAGCCGACUCUUUACCCAUGGACUUGUCUUCGGACCCCCGUGUGGUACGGUUGCUUGACGAGUUCGCCGACAUCUUUGAGUCACCUACCGGUGUGGUGCCGGAUCGGCCGAUCUCUCACGAGAUCAUUCUUGAGCCUGGUGCCGUGCCGCCGAAAGGUUGCAUUUGUCGCAUGAGCGAGGAGGAGCUUACAGUCCUCCGCACGCAACUCGAUGACUUGAUGAACAAGGGCUGGAUCCGCCCUAGUAGCUCCCAUAUGGAGCGCCAGUUUUCUUCGUAUGGAAGAAGAACAAGGAUCUACGAUUGUGCAUCGACUUCGCGAGCGCUUUUGGUGGUCCGGCCUUCUCGGCGACGUCACACGCUAUUGCGAGUCAUGCGAGGUUUGCCGACGCUGCAAAUCCUGCAACCAUCGUCUGUACGGCGAGUUGCGACCAUUACCGGUCCCCUUGUGCUGGAGGGAAGCGAUUACCAUGAACAUUACCGGGCCGUUCCCCAAGCACAAGACCGGUGUGGAUGGGAUUCUUACGGUGGUCGACCGACUCACAAAGUUCGCCAUGUUUUUUUACCUUGCCGCUAUCAUGCCAAGGCACCGGAAUUGGCCGAGAAUGGAAGAAACGAUGGUGUUGUAAGUGCGGAUGGUGAAGUAUUGCCCGUCGAGGUACGGGCGCCAAACUGUGAGGGCGUGAAUCACGGCGAGGAGUUCUUUCUCGUUGGAGGGGUAAUUCAUCCCCGCGGGAAGGAGCUUCUUGCUUGCGAAGGUGAUGGGGUAUUCGUCGGGUGGAGCCUCGGGGUGAGUGGGCGAGUCCUUGAUGGCGGGGGUCUCGGCGGUUUCGUGGGGGAAAUGUUGGGACAGUACGGCUCCAAUGGCGAAGUCGGAGGCAUCAGUGGUGACAUAGAAAUGGCGAGUGGGGUCGGCGAUCUUGAGGACAGGGGCCGUGGUGAUGGUUUGCUUGAGGAAGUCAAACGCGUGUUGGCGGCCAUCGUUCCAAUUGAAGGGAUUGUCCUUGCAUGCGAGUUCGUGGAGAGGGGGUCCAUACGGAUGGGCUUCAGCGGAGACAAUGUGGCCAAGGUAUUCGACGCUCGAAGCGGCAAACGUACAUUUGCUGAGCUUGGCGUAGAAUUUUUGCUCUCGGAGGAUCGAGAGGACUUGGCGAAUGUGCUGAGGGUGGGACUCAAAGGUGGCGCUAAAGAUGAGGAUGUCAUCAAGGUACACGACGACACAGACUUCGAGGAGGUCACGGAAGAUGUAGUUCAUGGUGGACUGGAAUGUGGCGGGGGCAUUGGCGAGUCUGAAAGGCAUUACGAGGAACUUGUAGUGCCCGAACCGAGAGUGGAAUGCGGUCUUGUGGGUGUCCUCCUCGCGGAUACGGAUCUGGUGGAAGCCACUGUGGAGGUCGAUCUUGGUGAAAUAUUUGGCUCCACGGAGGCGAUCAAGAAGUUAAGAUAUCCGGGGGAGUGGGUACUUGUUCUAAACCGUGAUCCGGUUCAAGGCACGGUAGUCUGUGCACAUGAGGAGUUCCGAGGUGUCGUUCUUCUUGACGAAGAGGCAACUGGUUCCGAAGGGGGAGGAGCUAGGCUUAAUGAAUCCUUUUUCAAGGAGUUCAUUGAGCUCUUCAGCCUCGGGGACUGAGAGUUGGUACGGAGGGCAGCAAGGAGGAAAAUGGCCGGGCUUGAGAUCAAUGGUGUGGGAUACACCUCGAUCGGGAGGUAGACCGGCGGCCAAGGACUCAGGGAAGACGUCCUUGAAUUCAGAGAGGAGAGCGGUGAUGUGAGGAUUGGAAGGGGGGUCUUGGUCGGGUUUGUCCGUUGGAAGCAAGUCCUCGGGACGCUCGUGGUCGAUAACACGACAAUAGUAAGCGGAGUCGGGGUGUUCACGACACAUGUGAAGGAAUUGGUGAGGGGAGACAGGGGGUGGGGUAGAAGGGGGGAGAAGGUAAGGGAUAUCAAGAGGAGAGUUAGGAGGGCGGGUGAGUCGAACGAAGGAGGGGUGGAAGGAGUAGGGCAUGAAACGGUCAAGCCAUGGAGUCCCCAAGACGAUGUCGCACAUGAGGAGCAUGACAUCGAAGGAGACCUGACUGCGAAGAGGACCGACAGUCAUGAGGGUCUCGGGGACAGUGCGAUUGACAACGAUGGCUGAGUCCUUAUCCCCUAGUCGGAUGGUGAUCGGGGAGUCAUCGUCGAUGGAAGAGAGGCCGGCUUUGCGGACACAGGCUUCGGUGAUGAAGUUGUCGGUGGCACCAAUAUCAAGGAGGGCCUGGAACUUCACCGUCGAUGCGCUGAGGGAGACGACGAUAAACUUGAGCUAGAAUC